AUGUUUCCCACGACCCCCACUGAAGCCGUCACGCCGUUUCCUGGCCCGUCUGGGACUGCCUUGACUGCAGGCCCAAUCCAGCGAAGCGUCUCAGUGUUCGCCAACACAAGCCACCCCCAGCAUCCUGUCUUUGGCAUCUCGGCCUUUGGCACCAUCGUGGCUUCAGUGAAGCAGGAGAAGCCUGCAGCAACAACUCACUUCUCUCCUUCUCAUACAUCUCCAUCCACGUCCACAUCCACACCUGCUGCUGGUUUUGCGGCUCUUGGUUCUUCAAGCAUUGAGUAUUCAAAGCCGUUGGCUUCUUCGUCUUCUUCUACUGUUGCUGCUUCGCGGGGUUUCGCUCGGUUUUCUUCUCUGGACGAGCUGGUGGUCAACCGGGAUGUUUCCACAGGACCGGAUAGGCUCAGCCGAUGUGUGUCCGGAGCCCCCGGUCAAUUUGACCAGCUUCCUCAGACAUUCGAAUCUCAAAAAACCUUGAAGGACGUUGUCACGCCGCGCCUGACAAACAGCCAAGCGCUGUUUUACUUCGGUGUGCUGGCCACAAAGGCCAAUCUCAACCCCCGGUUCACCUUCAAGCACGGGUUUCAGCAUGUCCACAGAGUCGGGGUUCUGCUCAUUUUCUAUGGUCAUACCAUUUCGAUCGAGACUCGGUAUGCCACCGCGCGCGGAGCCAAGGCGGCCGCGUGUCGGCAGGCGCUUGCGGAGCUCAGGGAGUAUAAUCCCCAGUGGCCACUCCCCGCUGAGCCGACGGAGGGCCGAACUGAUGUUGCUUGGAACUGGACUCAGCUUCUGGAAGAACACUGCGCGCAGAACGGUCUACCGGGUCCGAAGUAUAUCCCCCGGCAUGAGUUUUAUUGCGAUGUCUUGAUCAACGGCGAGAAGCUGAGCACCUGCCGGCAGUGUAUCUCGCUGCAUGAAGCCCAGCAAACAGUUGCGCACGUUGCAUUCCACCAGCUGCUGGUGUAG